GCUGCGCCGACGCCGGCUGUUGCCCGAGCAUUGACACCGCAGCAGGUUGCCGUGUUGCUUUUAUGUUGUGGAUAUCGGACUGAUUCCGCGGUGGUAGACUUUUUUUGUGGCCGAAAAGGAGGUUACUUUUCUGGGGCAGUGGCGGACCACGCUGACCAUGGCCUCCAACUUCAAUGAUAUAGUGAAACAGGGAUACGUGCGGAUACGGAGUAAGAAACUAGGGAUCUUCAGGAGGUGUUGGCUGAUGUUUAAGAAGGCGUCCAGUAAAGGCCCAAGGCGGUUAGAGAAAUACCCAGACGAGAAGGCAGCAUACUUCCGGAGCUUUCACAAGAUCACAGAGCUCCGCAGUAUCAAGAACAUUACACGGAUGCCAAGGGAGACCAAGAAACAUGCCGUGGCAAUCCUCUUUUACGACCAGACGUCCAAGACGUUUGCCUGUGAGUCAGAGCUGGAUGCAGAGGAGUGGUGGAAGCUGCUGUGUGUGGAGUGUCUAGGAAGUUGUCUGAACGACAUCAGCCUGGGAGAACCAGACCUGUUAGCAACGGGGGUGCAACGGGAGCAGAACGAGCGGUUCAACGUGUACCUGAUGCCCACUCCCAACCUGGACAUCUAUGGGGAGUGUACGAUGCAGAUCACACAUGAGAACAUCUACCUGUGGGACAUCCACAACGCCCGCGUCAAACUGAUCAUGUGGCCCCUCAACUCACUGAGGAGAUACGGACGAGACUCCACCUGGUUCACUUUCGAGUCAGGAAGGAUGUGUGACACAGGGGAGGGUCUGUUUACGUUCCAGACGCGGGAGGGAGAGAUGAUGUACCAGAGAGUCCACUCAGCCACCCUGUCCAUCGCACAGCAACACGAGAGGAUGAUGGAGGAGAAGACUUCACAGACACACUCCAACCAGACAACGUUAACCAAGUCCAUCUCCCUGCCUCGCAGUGCCUACUGGCAUCACAUAAUGCGCCAGAACAGUGUUGGAGACAUCUACAGCUACCAAGGUACUAGCCUGACGAUGACCCUGAUGACCCGAGCACAGACCUUCCCCAGCUUCGUCUCUGGAAAGACAGAAGAAGAGCAGUCCUCUCAGCACCAGGAAGAGGCACUAUCCCCCUCUAGUGGCUACGGCUCAAACUGCAGCCAGGUGACUCUCCAAUGACAAGUAGCUUCAGAACAAAACUGGACAUUCCAACACUUUAGAAAGCCUGUAGAAAUAUGUAUAGGAACAUGUAUGAUGUAUCAUUUUAUGUUAAUACAUUAUGGUGAUAGUGUUAAUUGUAGACAGGUACAUAUACAUAUAUAUACUUAUAUAUAUAUAUAUAUAUACUUAUGAAAGGAUUAUUGCGGGACACCUGCUGGGUCCUGUUCAUUAGGGAGAUCUGUUCUACCUUUCUGUAAUGUUUGUGGCUGUUUCAGUCUGUCCACCUGCAACCAGCACCACCAAAUGGUCUGCUUGUCCAAGAGUACAGGUCUGAACGUACGGUAUGUGUAGAAUCAUCUCAACUUCAAAAGGCAUGAACAAAUACACACGAUUCAAAUGUUAGCAAAGUCUGAGAAACAGGACUGUAAGGCUUAGACUUUAUAACUCUGACCCUCGUGGGCUCCAGAGUGGCGCAGCGGUCUAAGGCACUGCAUCUCCAUGCUUCAGAUGUCACUCCAGACACCCUGGUUCGAAUCCAGACUGAAUCACAACCGGCUGUGAUUGGGAGUCCCAUAGGGACUUAUUGUAAAAUAAGGUUUUUUUCUUAAAUGACUUGUUAAAUUACAUGUAAAAUACAGUGUCAAAAAAAAGUAUGUGAACCCUUUGGAAUUACCUGGAUUUCUGCAUAAAUUGGUCAUCACAUUUGAUCUGAUCUUCAUCUAGGUCACAACAAUACACAUUCUUCUUAAACUAAUAAUACACAAAAAAAAAGUAUACAUUUUAAUGUCUUUAUUGAACACACCGUGUAAACAUUCACAGUGGAGGGAAAAAAGUAUGUGAACCCUUGGAUUUAACAACUAUUUGACCCUCCUUCGGCACCAAUAAUCUCAACCAAAUGUUUUCUGUAGUUGCGGAUCAGAUCUGCACAACGGUCAGGAGGAAUUUUGGACCAUUCCUCUUUAAAAAAACUGUUUCAGUUCAGCAAUAUUCUUUGGAUGUCUGGUGUGAACUGCUUUCUUGAGGUCAUGUCACAGCAUCUCGAAUCGGGUUGAGGUCAGGACACUGACUGGGCCACUCUAGAAGGCUAAUUAUCUUCUGUUGAAGCGAUUCUGUUGUUGAUUUACUUCUGUGUUUUGUGUGGUUGCUUUGUUGCAUCACCCAACUUCUGUUGAGCUUCAAUUGGCAGACAGAUAGCCUAGCAUUCUCCUGUAAAAUGGCUUGAUAAACUUCAGAAUAAAAAUUUUCGUCGAUGAUAGGAAGCUGUCUAGGCCCUGAGGCAGCAAAGCAGCCCCAAACCAUGAUGUUCCCUCCACCAUACUUUACAGUGGGGAUGAGGUUUUGAUGUUGGUGGGCUGUCCCUUUUUGUCUCCACACAUAGUGU